AUGUCGCAAACCGUUAGUCAGAUCGUCUUCUUCCGCGUCAAAUCUUCCGUCAAGCCUGAAGACCCGGUCAGCGAAGAAGGUGAGGCUUUACUGAAGAUCUUCCGCUCAACCCAACACCAAAGCGGUCAUGAGCACUCAUCCUGGGGACGCACAUCCGAAGACGAAGACACCAUCGUGUGGGUUAUAGACUGGACCGACCCCCGUAGCACAAUAAACAUCCACCUCCUCGAACCAUUCCUGGCCCCAGACAAUCCCCAGCCACCGUCAACGCUCCACGUCACGUUCAGCCCACCACUCUCUUGCACAGAAACUCUAACCAAAAACCCCGUGACUGAGCUGUGCACGCUGUCAUUCCCAAGCGACCUUGAUGUGCUAGCAGUAAGGCAGAUCAAUGCAGACUUGAUCAGCUUCCGCACCACGCUUGUUGAGCAGCUGCCACAGUCAGCGGGGCCACGGUCGUGGUCGAUGGGACAUGUCGACCGGCCGAGUAAGCUGCCGCAUGAGAACAGUCCGAGUGGGCAGGCUUUUGCGCACCUUCUCGCUGUUGGCUGGGAAAAUAUAGAGGCGCAUCUCAAGGUCAAAGAGACGGAGAAGUUUGUUCAGAGUAUUGCGCCUCUGAGGGAGAAGAUGCUGCCGCCUAUUCCUGGGUUGGAGAUAAAACACGUUAGUUUUCAAAAGGUUGAGGGUUAG